AACACUUGUACUUCUGUUGGCCGGUACUGAUACCUCAGCUGUUGGGAUUUGCACCACAAUUUUAAUGUUGUCACAACAUACUGAUGUACAAGAAAGAGUUUACAAAGAAAUACAAGAAGUAAUUGGUGAUUCAGAUAAGCCUUUACAAUUGAAAGAUUUGGACGAAUUAAAGUAUUUGAAAGCCGUUAUAAAUGAAACAUUAAGACUUUAUCCACCAGUUCCUUUUAUUCUUCGAUAUUGUAAAGAUGAUCUAAAACUUCCUACUAGUUUAAUUUUACCCGAAGGUAGUAAUGUAAUCAUUAGUAUCUGGGGAAUACAUCGUAAUCCUGAGCACUGGGGUGAAGAUGCGAAUGACUUCAAUCCAGAUCACUUUAUGUCUGGAAAAAUACCAAAUGCAUUUAUGCCAUUCAGUAAUGGCCCACGAAACUGUAUUGGUCUUAAAUAUGCGAUGCUGUCGAUAACAACUAGUUUGGUGGCACUUCUGCGACAAUACCAUUUCAAUCCUGCUACAAAUUUCAAAUACGACAAAAACAAUCCACUUCGAUUUUCCUUUGAUGUUAUGAUGAAACACGUGGUUUUACAGUUCAAGUGGAAAAUCGUAAUAAAAUCUGUUAUUGAAUCUGCUUUAUCUGACCACAAACAAUUGUACCUCGAGAUUAAAAGAUCAGAACCAGAGCGUAUAAAGAGACGUCAAUAUGAAUCAAUAAACUACACGAAUCUCGUGAAGUCAGUUGAAAAUAUUAUCGGGAACGUCAAGAAGAGGGUAAUCGAACUACCCCUUGUCAUGAACGUUCAUGUAAUCAAAACAGGUUACCUCGCGUCGGGAACGUUCAUGUAG